CCGCGUCCUGCCGGAAGUUCAACCGGGCUACCUAAAGCCAUUGAUCCCAUCGGAGGCCCCCGAGAAGCCGGAAAGCUGGGAAGCCGUGAUGGCCGACAUCGAGCGUGUCAUCAUGCCAGGUGUCACCCACUGGCACAGCCCCAAGUUCCACGCGUACUUCCCAACGGCCAAUUCGUACCCGGCGAUCGUGGCUGAUAUGCUUAGCGGUGCGAUCGCUUGCAUCGGAUUCACAUGGAUCGCCAGCCCGGCGUGUACCGAACUGGAGGUCGAGAUGCUCAACUGGUUGGGUAAAAUGCUGGGACUGCCGGAGGAGUUCCUCGCUAGUUCCGGUGGAGAGGCGGGAGGUGUCAUCCAGGGCACGGCCAGUGAGGCUACUCUUGUGGCGCUGCUCGGAGCCAAGGCCAAGGCCAUCAAGCGCGCCCAGGAAGAUCAUCCCGAGUGGGAUGAAACCACCAUCAUCUCCAAACUGGUGGGAUACACGUCCAACCAAUCCCACUCAUCGGUGGAACGAGCAGGUUUACUCGGAGGAGUCAAACUGCGCUCACUCAAGGCCGACAGCAACCUACAGCUCCGUGGUGAAACUCUAGAAGCGGCCAUUAAAGAAGAUCUUGCCGAAGGCCUCAUUCCUUUCUACGCCGUGUGCACCCUCGGAACGACCAACACCUGCGCUUUCGAUCGACUGGAUGAGCUGGGCCCCGUGGGUAACAAGUACAACGUGUGGAUCCACGUUGACGCCGCCUAUGCCGGGUCGGCUUUCGUCUGUCCGGAGUAUCGUCAUCUGAUGAAGGGCAUCGAAACGGCCGAUUCGUUCAACUUCAACCCGCACAAGUGGAUGUUGGUCAACUUCGAUUGCAGUGCCAUGUGGCUGAAGGAACCAUACUGGAUCGUUAAUGCCUUCAACGUGGAUCCGCUGUACCUGAAGCACGACAUGCAGGGAUCGGCCCCAGACUACCGCCACUGGCAGAUCCCGUUGGGUCGUCGUUUCCGUGCCCUGAAGCUGUGGUUCGUGCUGCGUCUGUACGGCGUUGAGAACAUCCAGGCUCACAUUCGUCGUCAUUGCGCUUUUGCCAAGCAAUUCGAAGCUCUGUGCGUCGCCGAUAGCCGUUUCGAGAUCUUCACCACCGUACAGAUGGGUUUGGUGUGCUUCAAACUGAAGGGAAGCAACGACCUGAGUGAAGCUCUGCUCAAGAAAAUCAACGGAAGAGGCAAAAUCCACAUGGUCCCAUCCAAGGUCAACGACGUAUACUUCCUGCGUAUGGCGGUUUGCUCGCGGUUCACCGAAGCCGAGGAUAUCGAUUACUCGUGGAAGGAAGUGUCUGCUGCCGCUGAUGAAUUGUUGGCCGAAAAGAAGUAAACGGAAUGUUCCUGAUGGCACAGCAAUGUGCGCAACUGUAUUACUCACUCACCCAAUCUCUCUCUACUUAUGCUAAAUGGUAUAAAACUGUUAUGAUAGUUCAACUAUCACAUGUCUCGUCCAUUGCGAGUUAGAUUAAAGGACCAUAAGUAUGGGACCAUAUGAUACAAUCAAACAAAAAAAAAAGUAUUUGUGUAUAUCGAAAAGUUGUUGCGCAAAAUCGUAUUGCUGCCGAUAGAUUUUUAAAAUGUCCCUUGAUGUUAAAUUAUUGUUGGAGUAUGAGAAUGAAUAAAUUGUAAUUUAUUGUGUUUUAAAAA